GCCUACGACGUCGAUUUUUGGCAACAUACCUACAUAUCUGACGUAGAUCACGUCAUUAACGUCUGCUAAUAAAAUGGACACGAAGAGGCGAAAGCCAAAUUGGAUGGAGCGAGAGCUUGAGGCUCUAGCAGAAGCCGUGGCGCCUAAAAACGGGUUAUUGAGGGGAAAAUUUUGGCCGUCGCUGACCUCUGAGCGGAAGCAAUCGAUUUGGAUCGAAAUCGUAAAUCAAGUUAAUUCCAUUACUAUGGUUAACCGAACAGGGGAGGAGAUCAAGAAAAAAUGGGGGGACAUGCAGUCCCUCACAAAGAAGAAAGAAUCAGAGAGAAGGCGGUCUAUGAAAGUCACAGGAGGUGGACCGGCCAUAGACAUGUUCUACAAGUCAUGGGAGAACCUGGUGUUGCAGUCCCUAUCGGAAGUGGCAAUCGAGGGCAUCAGCUGUGGAGUUGAUACAGCAGAGUCAGAGAGUGUCAAAGAAUGUUCAUCGACCCUGAGCCAGUCUGCCAUUAUACCAAAUCUGGUGUCAGAUGAACCCUCCACACAAGGUAACAAUGCAAGCUGCAGAAAGAAGUUGAAAAGUUUGGAUAUAUCCCUAGGUGUUGAAAACGAAUGUGAAAAAAACCAAUCCCUUCCUUCCACAAGUUGGGACAAGCAGCAAACCAAAGGACAGAAAAGAGGUGUUCACUCAGGAGAGGCUAGUGUACAAGAACAGUUCCUUUUGUUUGAAAAGGAGAAAAUGGAAAAGGUUGAAGAGAGCAGGGAAAAAAACCUUCUGAUUAUGAAUGAGAUGCUCCAGCUGCAAAGACGUAGAACAGCAGCUAUUGAACAAAUUGCAUCAUCAGACUCCAAGGCUUCCCCGCCACUCUCAUUAUCACCAAUCAUUCAAUUUUAUUGAAAUAAUACUGACAAAGCUGUUUUUGGUCAUUUCUUUUGCAACAAAUUUUCAAUUGGUCUUUUUCAGUUUUUUGUCUUCAUAUUGAUUAAUAUUUGAUCAAUAUAUAUAUAUUUAUAUAUAGAAUGUUCUGAUGUGCUUUGCAAAUAAAGUUUCAAGCUGACAACUUGCCAGUUGAGAAUCCGGAGUAAGGAAAAUAACUCUUUUUCAUAUUAAAAAAAUAUUGUUGGAAAGACUGACUGACUACUUACAUUCAAA